CGAGAGUUUAGAAAUGUGAUAUGAUUGGUCAACUUUAUUACCCGCCCGAUGUUAAGGGCGGGUAGAAGGUUCCAGAACUAGACACUCGAAAAGGGCGUUACUUGGUCUGUGGCGUCGUUGAUUUGCACAGGAACCAAACAAUCGCCACUCGACCAGACUACCGCAUCCUUCUUCCAAUCCCAUCAUUUCGCUGAGAUUACAGCACAUGGUCCUUGGGUUGAUCUGUUAUCAGAAAACAUCAUAUUAAUUAUUUUUUGUUUACAGAGGUCACUGUGAGACAGCGCAGAAGGACAGGUAAUUAUUUACACUAGUACUUCAUACAGAAUACAGGCGAAACGAAACUUGAAGAUGGACAGCGGCAUCACAGUGAUAACCAACCCAACAGUCUCGGUGCGGCUGACAAGUACCAUCAGCUCGUUCGAGGUGAAUAAACGGUACAACAGGGGAAUCACCAUAGCCGAUUUCAAGGGUAAAUUAGAGAUGGUUGUGGGUACCCCAGCCUCCUGCAUGGAACUGCAGCUUUUCAGCCCCACUGAUAAGUUCAUACAGAAACUGGACGAUAAUGAGGCCCUGCUGGGUUCCUACCCUGUGGAUGAUGACUGCAAAAUUCACAUCAUCGAUCGCAGUGGAGCACAAAUCGGAGAGUUCAGUGAUCUGUCGAAAGUGGAGAAAUUUGAGAUUCCUGAUGAGGUCUAUGAGAAGAGGACAGAUUCUGUAAGGUCUUUCAUGAAAAAACAGCGCGUUGGUCGUUUCAAUGAAGAAGAGACUGCAAAGAAGGAGGCGGAGCUUGCUGCCCGGGAAGCUGAAGAGAAGGCUGCUGCUGCUGCAAUUGCCGUUGGCAACCGUUGCCAAGUGAAUGUUGUUGGGCUACCCAUCAAGAUUGGCACUGUGAUGUAUGUUGGUACAGUAGAUUUCAAGCCAGGUCAUUGGGUGGGAGUGAAGUAUGAUGAGCCUCUUGGAAAACAUGAUGGCAGUGUAAAAGAUAAGAGGUACUUUGAAUGUGAGAAUAAAUAUGGUGCAUUUGUGAAGCCCCUGAGUGUCACCGUGGGGGAUUUCCCGGAAGAAGACUACGGUCUGGAUGAGAUGUAGGACCACGGAUGUCACCUAGAAGACAGCGGCACGGGCAGAGGGGCGAAAGGUUUUUUAACUUGUCCUUCUGCAGUCCGAUCAGUGCCCCGAGGGGAGUGACCGCGUCAAUGCGUUUAGUAACUGUUCUGCACCGGUCACUGGGGGCAGGGAUUGGGAGGAUGCCGUUUCACCAUGGACUGAAUGGAGUUGACGGCUGAAUAUGGUCAUUUGGUGUGGUGUUGUGAUAUCGCAAUAGAAUUUGAAUGCAGAGGGUAAUUACACCGUCAUGGGAGGAUCUCACCCCAGUCAUCGUUGCAUGUGAUCUCAAUGUCGGGAGUGUAUGCGUGGCUCCUAAUGCAGCGUUUCUCUAAGGUGCUACCCACAGCCCCCAUAGUUACUUUGCUCAAUGAUGGGUUGGUUGAAGAUGGAAGACAACUACUCAUUCUUCACUACAGAUAUGAUUGUAUAGAACUGUUUCAUAUUAUUUAAAUUGGAUUUGUUAAUACAACAUGCGUUAUAUUGAAACUUUGAGUUGAAGUGCAAAUACUGCUCUGUGAUUAAAGUACACAGUAUUUGAUGCCUUGUUACAAAAUUGUCAGAUGCAUAAAACAUUUAAAUCAUAAGCUUGUGUUUUAAGUAACCCUGUGAUCCCACAAAUUUAUUUUUAAAUUAGUGGAUGUAAAAAAAAAAAAAAA